AAUGAGGAGCUGUGGGUCCAGUCAGUCUUGGAGAUGCUGAAGAGACGAGACAUCCUGGCUAUCGUGCUGAUAGUUCUGCCCUGGACGCUACUAAUCACCGUCUGGCACCAGAGCACCAUUGCUCCACUGCUUGCAGUGCACAAGGAUGAUGGUGGUGACUCCCGGCGUGAUCUCGCUGCAGGCUUGGACUCCAAGGAAUACUGCUUGUCGGACCGGGACAUUGUGGAGGUGGUGAGGACAGAAUAUGUUUAUACUCGCCCACCCCCGUGGUCAGACACCCUUCCCACUAUCCACGUCAUUACACCCACCUACAGCCGGCCCGUGCAGAAAGCAGAGCUGACGCGCCUGGCCAACACCCUGCUGCAUGUGCCAAACCUGCACUGGAUCCUGGUGGAGGACUCCCAGCGGCGCACACCCCUCAUCACCCGGCUGCUACGGGACACGGGGCUCAACUACACCCACCUCAACGUGGAGACCCCUCGCAACUACAAGCUGCGGGGAGACAUGAGGGACCCCCGCAUCCCCCGGGGGACCAUGCAGAGGAACCUUGCCCUGAGGUGGCUGAGAGAGACCUUUAACAAAAACAACAGCCAGCCUGGGAUUGUUUACUUUGCUGAUGAUGACAACACCUACAGCCUGGAGCUCUUUGAGGAGAUGCGCAGCACCAGAAAGGUGUCGGUGUGGCCAGUAGCCUUCGUCGGUGGCUUGCGCUACGAAUCCCCCAAAGUGAACGCAGCAGGGAAGGUCUACGGCUGGAAAACUGUGUUUGACCCCCAUCGGCCCUUUGCUAUAGACAUGGCAGGGUUUGCUGUGAACCUCAGACUGAUCCUCCAGCGAUCUCAGGCGUACUUCAAACUGCGAGGAGUGAAGGGAGGCUACCAGGAGAGCAGCCUGCUGCGGGAGCUGGUCACCCUGAACGACCUUGAGCCGAAAGCUGCCAAUUGCACUAAGAUUUUAGUCUGGCAUACGAGGACAGAAAAGCCUGUGCUGGUGAAUGAGGGGAAGAAAGGAUUCACAGAUCCCAAUGUGGAAAUCUGAGCGUGCACAGCUGAGUGGAGACCAACACCAGAAGAUUUCCUCAUGCACAGCCUCCAAGGUUUCUCCCCACAGCAUACAGCCAGACAUGCAGUAGCCAGGACCUCUGCUGACUUCCAAGAGUUUUAGUGUACUGAAAGCAAGCAACACUGCAUACAUAAACUACCCGGAUCCCCCCGCCCUUCCUCCUGGACUCUGAGCAGAACCUGAUGCUCUGGGGGUGGAGAAAAAGCACAGAAAUACAGGACUGAACUUCCCUACAGGAGCAGCUGCCCUGCGAGACACUCGGUUUGGGAGAAGUGCAUGACACACUGAAGAUGCAGCCCAGCUGGAAGGGCAGCCCAGACUGAGCAGGCUGCUAUACAGGACCUGAGAGCAAGGGUGAGAAUGCACACACGAGUAUGCUGGCCCCGAUGACUUGUCCUCCCCAGACACACACCCUGUGGCUGUGUGUCCACAGAGCAGCUCCCUGCUGACAGAGGGGGCAGCUGCCUUCCAAGAUGGCACCUCAGCCCUUAAUUCUAAACCUACUUUAAUCAGUGUUUGUGAUGCUGCACAAGACAGGAAGGCUUUGGGGGAGAGUGAAAAGCAAGGCAGGUUAGAACAAACCCACUUGUACAUCUGAUUCUUGUAUCCCCUUCUUCCCCUUCCAUUUGGCUCCAUGGUUUGGAGAGUGCUCUAUGCUCUUGCAUGGAGUUACAUGCACAGCAUGCAGCCCUUGAUGCUAAAAGAGCUGUGAGGGGUUUUUAAAGAGAUUAUUGUGGCCCUGCACCAUAGAACUAAGAUCUGAGCCCAGAUGAAGUAUUAUUUAGCUCUCAUUUGGUUAACGUGAGCAUUAGGUAUGGGAUUCUCAGAAGGGUGCUUCUACAUAAAGCCAAAUUUCUACUCUUAAAAAAUGAAGUUAACUGCUUAAAAAUAGGGAUUGAACAAGAAAAACUUAUUUUAGUACAUCUACCAUCUGCGUGGAGUGUAUCCUUCAGCCCUAGCUCCUCUUUCAGGUCCAGACUGGUGUGCAAAGCCACACUGGAGCCAAUCAGGAGUUAACUAGUGGGAACAGAGCAGCACCCUUGUAAAGGGUAGGUUGAAAAACUAAGCAGAAUAUUAGUUGCCUCUUCCCUGCUCUGUGACUUCAAAGGCACUGAUGAAAGGGUAUUCUCUAAUGAAACUGUACCCUGCUCCUCAGCAAGAGGCAGGUGGCUGAGCAGUGCAGAGGAGGAACCUGGGUGCUGCUGCCUCGGCUGACUCUGUUUGGAAACAAACUUGCUGAGGAAGAAAUUCAGGUACAGCUCAGCUCUUCUCCCUACCUCCAGCCCAAACACACAGAACUCAGCACCCUCCCCUCACAGCUGUCAAACAUCUGAUCAAUUCCCACUGCCCCAAUUCUUUCAGAAGGGCCUGAAGCACAAUUUUCCCUUUGAGUCAAGGGAAAGAGUAAUCCCAGAUUUGGUUCUUUUUAGCCCUAACGCAUAGAAUUAUUUAAGUACUACAGGUGGGAUUGUUAGCUUCAAAGUGCAGAAUUCUCCCCUUGGUCUGAUGGCUGUGCAUUCCCUAAUAUUUAAAGAAACAUUUGGGUGUUUUUUUUAAGUUAUUUUCUCCCACUGUCUUUCAGAAUUGAUGGGGGAAAGCUGCAUUGCUCAGCUCUCAGUCAUAAAGCCUUGCUAAAUAGCCUUUAGAAUGUUCUUUUAGAUGCAUUGGCUGAAGUGCUACAUGGAUAGAAAGCAUCCAGUUCCACCGGCCACUCUAUGGGAACAGGCACUGUUACCUUAUGCUAAAAUAGGAGCUCUCUGCAUUUGAGUAGGCUGAUUCUAUUCUUGUAUGAGCAGCCCAACCUCAGUUCAGUCUGCACACCCUAGAGGGCCAAGAGACAUUGUUAAAGGCAUACAAAUUCUACUGCUAUGCUAGUUCCCAACUGCUGGCCUCUCCUAGCUGCAUGUUUUCAUUCACUAACAUCAGCUCCAGCCCCUGCUGAGCUGCAGCCUUCCCUCCUCAGAAGAAAAUAACUUCCAGAAAAACACAAAGGCCCAAGUCCUGACCACGGCCCUGCUUUUACACUUCUCAAAGUUGGGCCCUUCCACCUUGCACAGCUGCACUGUGGGUCUGGGGAGCAGAGAUGUGCACGCUCAGUGAGACCAGCUCUGG